GGUGGAUUUCAUAAAGUCCAUGUCAGUGCUUGCUAUCCAACCACAGGUACCUCCGAGCCGUUGAUUGGACCGCCGACAGCUGCGACCUGACGUGGUUCACCGUAGUGGGCCACGCGACUCGGCAGUACCUGCAUUAGCCUGUCGGCGGAGAGCGUCGGUCGCAGCUCACCAAGUGCCUCGCAGGCUCGGACUUCCACAGCAAGCGCAGUCAUACGCUUGGUAUUAUGUGGCUCGCAACUUCUCGCUGUCUCUUCCACGGCACCGCAGACGGCAGCGCUCAUGGACGACCAAACAGUCCCAGACUCUGUCAGCGCCAACGCGUACGUUGCUUCGCAAUGCUCGUCACUGUCUGCACAAACAGCGCAGGCGCUCUAUUAGUGCGGAGCAUCAGCCAUAGACGCUACGUGUUUCAGAAUCUGCGGGCGGCUAGGGUGAAACACGACAAAGGGCGUAACGACUCCCGCAAGGCUUCUAAGUGACCUGGGCCGUUGCGGGGUAGCCUUUCACGU